CCGGAAGGGCUUCCCGUUGGUUGAGCCCAUGGGGCGCGAAUCCGACAGCCGUGCACGAGCUGCGGGGAUGUCUGCCAGGCCGAGCGUUCAGUAACCGCUCGCAGAGCCCGUUAUAACAGCAACAUGUCCUGGAGGGUCAGCAUGUCCAGUGGCUCUUCUUGGAGGUUUUUGCAGUCUGCACAGUACAGAAGAACUGGAAACCCCUCUCUGCUUUCUUCUCCUGAUUUCUUUUUGAAUUUUGAGAUAGAUGAUGUAAUUUUAAGUGAUGACUCUACAUCUGCAGAGGAAGAUUUCGAUUCUUUAGUUUUAUUUGGAUCAUUGAGAGGGAAUGUUGUUGGCUUGCGUUACUACGCUGGAGUGGUAAACAACAAUGAAAUGGUUGCACUUCAGAGAGAACCAAACAACCAAUACGACCGAAAUGCAGUCAAAGUUAAUAAUAUCAAUGGUGAACAAGUUGGCCACGUUAAGAAAGAACUGGCUGCUGCUCUGUCAUAUAUCAUGGACAGUAAGUUAGCAAGGGUUGAAGGGGUGGUGCCAUAUGGAGCCAAUAAUGCAUUCACUAUGCCAGUGAAUCUGAAUUUUUGGGGAAAACCAGAAAACAAACAGGCAGUUUUAGACAGAAUGAAAAUCCAUGGAUAUAAGCUUGGACCUCUUCCUGCAAGUUCACCAGCUUUUGCAUCUGGCCCAAGUUUCAAAGCGCCAGGUCUUCAAGCUGUGCAAAUGACUACUGAACAGCUGAAGACUGAGUUUGAUAAAAUGUUUGAAGAUCUGAAGGAAGAUGACAAAACUAAAAUGUUAGAACCAUCAAAGGCUGUAGGGACAGUCUUACUCCCCCAUCAAAAGCAGGCUCUAUCUUGGAUGGUUUCACGUGAGAACAGUAAUGACUUGCCACCAUUUUGGGAACAAAGAAAUAAAUUCUAUUACAACACACUUACUAAUUUUGCUGAAAAAGAAAAGCCUGAAAGUAUCAGAGGAGGAAUUCUCGCAGAUGACAUGGGCCUGGGCAAAACUCUUUCAGUCAUUGCCUUAAUUCUUACAAAUUUUCACAAUGGACAACCAUUUCCAACUGGGAAAAGCAGACAACUUAAAAAGGAAAGUCAUUGUGGUGAGAUGUAUGGAGAAUGUGUACCGUCUCAAAAGCAGAGUAAAGGUAAGGCACAAAAUUUUUAUACACCAGGAAAAAAUGAAAGUCUUAUGAGCAGGAGAGACAAAAUGGAUCCAUGCCCAUCUGAUAAGUCAAGCAGUCGUCCUAAAAGGGAACAGCACAGAAAGGUCAAGUAUACUUUUAGCAGUGAUUCUGAAGAUGGUGGCGAGUCGAUACCUCGAAAAAUCAAAGCCUCUUCAGCUUGUAGCCUUCAAGACGACAAUCAGUUUGCUAUGGCUUUAUUUGGGGGAACUCCAAUUACGAAGAAAAUAUCAAAGAACAAAGGAACUACUAUCCCAAAAACUCUUUCAAGCGGUCCAUCUGAGGAGCUACCCAGAACAACAUUGAUAAUAUGUCCAUUAUCUGUAUUAAGCAACUGGAUUGACCAAUUUGAGCAACAUGUAAAACCAGAUGUCCAGCUGAAUAUCUAUAUUUAUUAUGGCCCUGAACGUAGUAAAGACCCAGAAGUUCUUUCAAAGCAAGAUGUGGUACUGACUACAUACACUGUUGUAAUGCAUGAUUAUGGAAACAAGAGUGAAAACCCAUUACAUAAAGUGAAGUGGCUACGAGUGGUAUUGGACGAAGGACACACUAUUCGGAACCCAAAUGCGCAACAAACAAAGGCUACCCUAAGCAUACAAGCAGAAAGAAGAUGGGUGCUUACAGGUACACCUAUCCAAAAUUCCCUGAAGGAUUUAUGGUCUCUUCUGUCUUUCUUAAAAUUAAAACCAUUUACUGAGAGAGAAUGGUGGCAUCGUACAAUCCAGAGGCCGGUGACCAUGGGGGACCAAGGAGGUCUUAGCCGGUUACAAAGCCUCAUUAAAAAUAUUACUCUGAGAAGAACAAAAACCAGUAAAAUCAAAGGGAAGCCUGUGCUGGAGCUGCCGGAGCGUAAAGUCUUUAUUCAGCGCCUAGAACUCUCUGAUGAAGAAAGACAUAUCUAUAACUCAAUGAGGGAUGAAGGGAAAGCUAUUAUUAGCAGGUAUUUCAAUGAAGGUACAGUCCUUGCCCACUAUGCAGAUGUCCUUGUCGUAUUGGUGAGAUUAAGGCAACUUUGCUGUCAUCCCCAUCUUGUUUCAAGUACAUUGUCUUCAGUUGCUUCUACAGGCGAUGGCACCCAAGAAGAGCUACGUGAGAAGCUAGUAAAUAAGAUGAAAAUAGUUUUGAGUUCUGGUUCAGAUGAAGAAUGUGCCAUUUGUUUGGAAUCUUUGAACAUGCCAGUUAUAACUCACUGCGCACAUGUGUUUUGUAAGCCGUGCAUUUGUCAAGUUAUACACAGUGAGCGGCCGAAUGCCAAAUGCCCACUAUGCCGAGGAAACAUAUGCCAGGAACAUCUUGUGGAAUGUCCAGAAGAGGAGCCAGAGUCUCUUUUGAAGCAAGAGCAAAAGUGGAUGUCAAGUUCUAAAAUAAAUGCCCUAAUGUAUGCAUUGACUGAACAAAGGAAUAAGGAUCCUCGUAUAAAAAGUAUAAUUGUUUCACAGUUUACCAACUUCUUAUCACUAAUAGAAACAGCUCUUCGAGAGUCUGGUUUCAUCUUUACACGCUUGGAUGGCUCGAUGACACAGAAAAAACGAACAGAAGCAAUAAAGUGUUUCCAGAGCAGUGAUGCCGAGUCUCCAACCAUAAUGUUGCUCUCAUUGAAGGCCGGAGGCGUAGGUUUAAAUCUGACAGCAGCUUCUCGAUUAUUUUUAAUGGAUCCUGCAUGGAAUCCCGCAGCUGAGGAACAAUGUUUUGAUCGGUGUCACAGGCUUGGACAAACCAAAGAGGUUAUUAUUACCAAGUUUGUUGUUAAGGAUUCUGUUGAAGAAAAUAUGCUAAAAAUUCAGGAUAAAAAAAGAGAACUCGCCGCUGGGGCUUUUGGAACAAAGAAGCAAACCUCUAAUGAAAUGAAACAGGCCAGAAUUGCUGAAAUAAGAACCCUUGUGGAUUUUUGAAGAGUCAACAACAUUUUUAUCCAAAUGUAUUUCUACAGAAAGAUGUAUUUUUCAUUACAUUUUAAAGAGUUUGUCUUUAAAAAAAUAUAUAAUAAGUUCACCAUUGAAUAAUAAAAAAAUAAAAAA